AUGCGGGAUCAGGGUGUCGAUUUGAGUGAGACACGAGUGGUCUCAGAGUAUCAGGAUGUCUUACAGGACAUACCAAGUUUACCUCCAGUUUUCCGUCAAUACUUGGACCAGUUCGUGAUUGUUUUUAUUGACGAUAUCCUUAUAUAUUUAAGAUCGCAAGCAGAGCAUGAGCAACAUCUUCGGUUGGCUUUGCAUACUAUGCGAGAGCACCAGUUAUAUGUAAAGUUUAGCAAAUAUGAGUUUUGGCUAUCUGAGGUUAGAUUUUUGGGUCACAUCAUCAACAGAGAGGACAUUGUAGUGGAUCCCGCAAAAGUAGAGGCAGUAGUUGAUUGGGAGCCGCCGAAGACGGUUUCAGAGAUCCGUAGUUUCUUAGGUUUGGUCAGAUAUUACAGAAAGUUCAUUCAGGACUUUUCAAAGAUUACGACGUCACUUACACGCCUUACAAAGAAGGGUGCACAGCUUGUUUGGGGCACGAAAUGCCAAGAGGCCUUUGAGACUUUGAAGGCGAAGUUGACUACAUCGCCAGUGUUGAUUAUUCUGAGUAGUGAUAAGACUUUUGUUGUUUACAUGGAUGCAUCAUUAUCGGGUCUUAGAGAUGUUUUGAUGUAG